GCGAAUAGUCGUAGUCUGCUUUUCUCUUACUCCAUUUCUCUUCCACCAUUCUUCGACUUCGAAGUGGUUCUUUCUCCCGUUGCGUCCCGUUGGACCGUUGCUAGAUGAAGACCAGAGAGGGAGGGAUUCAAAUGGUGGACCGUUACUCGCGGCAGUGGAGGCGGAAAAACGUACGGCCGAAAUGCGUGGAAUCCUUGUCUAGCAGCCCAAGUACCAAGAAACGGAGGACCGCUGGUUGUUCCAACUGCGACCGUGGCUCCAAUUUCCUAGCCCUAACUGAUCCAGACUUGCUCGAUUGCCCCAUCUGCUUCGAUAACCUAACCAUCCCUGUCUUUCAGAUAGCAAUAUGGUGUUUGAAUGGACAUCUAGCAUGCUCCUCUUGCUGUAUCAAAGUUCGAAACAAGUGUCCUUGCUCUUCCACUACUGGCCAUGACCGUUGCUGGCCUAUUGAGAAGAUUAUUGAAUCAGUCAAAACAUCAUGCCAGAACCAGAAGUAUGGGUGCACAGAAAUGGUGUUUCGCUGUAAGAAACAUGAUCACGAGGACAUGUGUAUCUAUGCACCGAGUUCAUGCCCUCUUCCUGACUGUGACUUCGUUGGAUCUUCCAAGGAACUAUCCCUCCACUUCAGCACCAAGCAUUCAGGCUCCGCUAAGCGCUUCUGCUACAACUGCAGCAUCCCAAUCUCCUUAGAACUACAACAGAAGUCCGUUAUCCUUCAGGAAGAGCAAGAAGGCACCAUUUUUAUCCUCAACAACGGGGUUCAAAAUCUUGGAAAUGUGAUCGAUAUUUGUUGUAUCGCUCCAAUCUCAUCAAAGAGAGGGUUUUCAUACGAUCUCCUCGCAACAAACAGCGGAAGAUCGGUGAAACUACAAUCUUCUUCUGAGCAUGUUUUGGGGCUGGUCUAACAUACUGCUCCUAAGAGUUUUCUUGUGGUUCCAAGUGACUUUUUUGGUUCUCGUGGACAACUCAACUUGGAACUUCACAUAUCGCGGUCGCCGGGCGUCGUUCACGCUUGAAGAGGUGAUUAUGCUAUGUAAAUUAGUUUUCAAUCAGCAAUUGACGGGCCUCGGUUAUUACCUCACUAGCUGCGUCAUUGCCCAAGCGCAAUAAUUUAUGUAUAAAAUAGGUGUAUAUAUAUACUGUGGUGCAUGCAUUUCACCUGGUAAUUGGGAUUUGUUCUAGUAAGAUGCAACGACUUGGUUCUUUUGCCUAAGCUAUAAACCAAUUUAGCUCAGAGAAUGGUUGGGUUUUGAUCUUUGAA